AUGGUUCAUCUGAAGAAUGCAAUAUUUGCUUUCGCGGCUCACAUCUCCCUCGGCAGCCUUAAAAACCCUCUAGGCGCCGGCGUCGCUGCCUCUUGUGCAUGCACUAAGACUAUACGUCCUGAUAUUACUAUUGGGCAACCCAAAAACAUAUCAAUCAUAAGUUCGAACGUCACUCGAUCCUAUCUCAUCGUCGUUCCACCUCUUUACACAAACCAGAACUUAACCCCUGUCAUUUUUUCUUUUCAUGGAGGUAAUCGAAAUGCUUCGGAACAACUUACUCUCGACCAAAUAUCAUAUCCAGAAUUUAACAAUUUCUCUAUAACCAUUUACCCUCAAGGCGUAAAGGGAAAGUGGGAAGGCGAUCCCGGAAACACAGCAAACGACACCCAGCUUGUCAGCGACAUAAUCGACAGCCUCAGCACAACCUACUGUAUAGAUUCCAAACGCAUCUGGGCCACUGGUAAAUCUGAUGGAGGGGGUUUCUGUAAUACCCUAGCCUGUCAUCCAAUUCUCUCCACUAAAAUCGCUGCAUUUGCACCUGUCUCUGGCGCGUUCUAUAUCGAUACUCAACCUUGCCAUCCACAUAACGUCACGAUACCAUGUUCGCAGGGACGUCCUAAAAUCCCUAUGCUUGAAUUCCAUGGCGGCAACGACUCGACAAUUCAUUAUGAAGGACAAGCUAAUCGAUCCGGUGAAUGUAUACCAAGUAUUCCGCAUUGGGUACGGGAGUGGGCUUUGAGGGACGAAUUGGGGUUGGAAAAUGUUACGACUGUUUUGACAAAUGAUACGGUUAUAUACAACUAUGGAAAGGGAGAUGAUGAGGGCUUGGUAAAACAUGUUUUUGAUAAGAAUCUGGGACACGAUUGGCCGAGUACGGUGUUAAAUGAUGAUUUGAUUGGACAUGGGGAGGGACCGGCAAGUUUUAAUGCUACGCCGAUUAUUUUGGAUUGGUUUCAGAAACAUGUUUUGCCAUAG